CCUGCUGCCUCCCUCCUGCCUGCUGCCUCCCUCCUGCCUGCCUGCUCCUCCUCGCCCAGGCUCCCGCAUUGCACCGCCGCGCCGAGCCGAGCGCGGGGCUCGGGCUGCCCCGCCGGCGCCCCCGGCCCCGGCUGGCGGAAUGAGCGCCGGCGAGGCCAAGGAGUACCUGGCCCGCAGGGAGAUCCCGCAGCUUUUCGAGAGUCUGUUGAAUGGAUUAAUGUGCUACAAGCCCGAUGACCCAAUUGAAUAUUUGGAAAGCUGUUUGCAGAAAGUAAAAGAGCUUGGAGGGCCAGAAAAAGUGAAAUGGGACACUUUUGUCAGCCCAGAAAAGAAGACCCUGCCUCCACUCAAUGGAGGACAACCCAGGAGGUCUUUUCUCAGGAAUGUGCUGCCUGAUAAUUCCAACUUCCCGUACCGCCGCUAUGACAGACUCCCUCCCAUCCAGCAGUUCUCCAUCGAGAGCGACACCGACCUCUCAGAAACCGCGGAGCUGAUUGAGGAGUACGAUGUGUUUGACCCUGCCAGACCUCGACCGAAGAUUAUCCUUGUCAUAGGUGGCCCAGGAAGUGGUAAAGGAACCCAGAGUUUGAAAAUAGCAGAACGUUAUGGAUUUAACUACAUCUCGGUUGGGGAAUUGCUGAGGAAGAAGAUCCACAGCACGAGCAGCAAUAGGAAAUGGAGCCUAAUUGCCAAAAUAAUUACCACUGGAGAACUGGCCCCUCAGGAAACAACCAUAACUGAGAUAAAGCAGAGAUUAAUGCAGAUCCCUGAUGAAGAGGGGAUAGUGAUUGAUGGAUUUCCCAGAGAUGUUGCCCAGGCAAUCUCCUUUGAGGACCAAAUCUGCACCCCGGAUUUGGUGGUGUUCCUGGCAUGUUCCAGCCAAAGGCUGAAGGAGAGGUUACUGAAGCGUGCGGAGCAGCAGGGGAGACCUGAUGAUAACCUGAAAGCCACCCAGAGGAGACUCAUGAAUUUCAAGCAGAACGUCGUCCCCCUGGUGAAAUAUUUCCAGGAGAAAGGGCUGAUCAUCACAUUUGAUGCUGACAGAGAUGAAGAGGAAGUGUUCUCUGACAUAAGUUCAGCAGUUGACAAUAAACUAUUUGCAAACAAAGAGGCUGCAGCAGGGCCAAAUGAACUUGAUUGCAGUCUGAUUAUGGAUUCUGGAGAUCCUGUUUAUACAGAAUUUGACUUUGAGGACCAGGAGGAGGAUCAGUCAAGUUUUUCUGGUUAUGAGAGCACAGGAGACUUUUCAGAAGAUCUGAGGAAAUCAAACAUAAUUUUUGUUGUUGGUGGGCCCGGCUCUGGCAAAGGUAGCCAGUGUGAACAGUUAGCCAAGAAAUAUGGAUUUUCUCACUUGUCCACUGCUGACCUUCUCCAAAAUGAGUUAUUGUCGUUAUCAGAGAGAAGUAAAUUGAUCAAAGACAUCAUGGAAUGUGGUGAACCUGUGCCUGGUGGUAUUGUUCUAGAGCUGCUGAAGGAAGCCAUGGUUUCCAGGCUAGGGGACACAAAAGGAUUCCUGAUUGAUGGGUAUCCCCAAGAGCUGAAAGAUGCAGAAGAGUUUGAGAGCAAGGUUGGGGAGCCAAAACUCGUGUUCUGCCUGGACUGCUCUGCAGAAACCAUGAGCAGUCGCCUUCUGCUGAGGAACCAGAGCAGUCAAAACUCUGAUAACGCCGAGACCAUCAAGGAAGGAAUCGAGAGCUAUUCCCAAGCAGCAAAGCCUCUGAUUGCAUACUAUGAAAGCAAGACACAGUUAUGCAAGGUUGAUGCAGAAGGAACACAGGAGGAUGUUUUUCUGGAAAUCUGCAAGACAAUUGACUCUUUUCUGAGAAGGGAAGAGGCAGCACUUUCCACAGAAGCGCAGUGAUGGUGUGUACUGGUGUGUACUGGUGUGUACUGGUGUGGACACAGCCUCACCUCACAUGCACCCACAGCCAGGAGUGCAAUGCUGGUCGAAGCAACACUGCUUUCCUGAGGGGUGUCUGGAAUGUGUGCAUGUGCUGUGUUCCUCUAGAUGAAAUCCUUUCUCUCUGUGCUGCCAGUCCACUCCAUAGACAGUGCUCCGUGUGCCACCCCCACUCUGAGAACUGCAGGUUGUUUUCCUGGCUGUUUGCUCUUCACGGGUUCCAAGCAGGCAGGUGAGCAGCAGCUCUGGGUUGUAUUUCAUGCUCUCCUGCCUUGGAUGGGGAAUCAGGCAGUGCCUGGCCAGCAGGGAGCUCUCCAACCCCCUCACACACUGCUCAGCACACUGAUGUUAAGGUGACUGCAUCCAGGUUUCCCAUCAGACAUUGUUUUAAUUAACAGUUUUAAUUUUUGGGGUGUCACUGAGCUUGUUCUUGGCCUUUAGUGACUAAACCCUGUUCUCUGUCACAUGCAGCUGUAAGACAGCUGGAAUUAGUUAAGCUACAAGUUGAACUUUUCACACAUCCCCAGAACACCAUUACAACAAGGAGAAAAAUUAAUUGAGGAUACAGUUGAAUAUCAUGGAAUUCUGUCAACCCAUCAUCGUGGUGCAAACACCAUUUUUGAGAGAGUCUUGUUUCCUGCUGGGAAUUGCAGGAUUUUAUAACUGACUGCCCAGUUCUGUGAGCUGAGAACAAUGGUUGUGUUGUACAGUUCAGUGUGUGAGCCAGUGAUGGUCCAUGUGAGCAGCAGUUGUGCCAUAGCUGUUAAAGUCUGCACGUGAAGGUGACUGAGCCAGAACCUACCAUGUCACCUUGAAAUCGUACUUGGGGAAGCAUUUCAAAUGCAAAAUUCACAUCAUCAUCAUCUCUUGUCUUGUACUGCCAUUGCCAAAACCUGGGGAGGAGGGUGUGUGUGUGGGGGGGGGGGGGGGUCUGGUGGGGUGGGAAACCAGCAAAAAACCAACAAAAAAGGAAAAUGUCAGGGAUUAUUUGAUUCCUGUUGCUUGCAUCUUUAGUAAGUCAUUUAUCUGUAAUAACUGCAAAAAACUCUGUAAAAAGUCAAACCGUAUUUCCGUUGGGUUAACCCAAAUGUUGUGGAGUUUCUCUGGUAUCCUGACAGCUAAAUAAAAAGCCUGUUUGACAUUCCUGUAAAGUAAUUGCAUCCUGUUACUUCUGGAUGAAUUCACAGUGAAAGUGGGUUGCAUGAUUGCUCGUACUGUCCAAGUUGUACUUUAUGCAGCAGAUUUGCAUUUUUAAAGUUGCCUUUCUUGUAAUGAAGACAUAAUACAAAUAAAAACGUACAAAAAUGAGGAGGAAUGACUUCUGUUACAGUAUAUGUGGGUUUAAUCCUUUUCAAAGCACAGUACAUGACUUGAAAAUAUAGCUCAAAUCAGCAUGCUUACAGAGUCUGUCCUUUUUCCAGUCAGGGCCGAGUCUUCGUUCUCGUUUUCUUCCUUAGCAUUCGCCCUGUAAAUGCUAAUUCGAUUAUUUUUAAGGGUCUUGUUUUACACAUGUUCUUAUCCUUCAUAUCCUGGAUGUUCCUUCUUUUCCUGGGGUCCUUCUACAGCCUACAUUUUACCUCUGAUGCUCUGGGAAGUGCUUCUCCAGCCCAGCGCUGAGGGAGCAGCGGCGUCGGCAGCACAACAUCAGCUCAGCCAGGCCGGGGUGGGGAGGGAGCCCUGACCCCCAGCAGCUGCUGCUGUUGUUUGGUUUGUUAAAAGUAAAACACUCUGGAGUUACCAGGAAGUUGCAAAUUCACCUGGGGAGGUUUCCUGGAUUUCUAAUCACAGCAGAAGUUCUAAAGUGUGGAUCUCGUGCUUGGUGCAGGAUGGGAACAAAGGCAACGAGCAGCUGCUGUUUGGUUGGUUGAGGGGGGAAGGGGGAAGUUUAAAAUCUAACUAUAAAAAUUAUUUAACAUACAGUUUCAGUUUAAUUUUUCUUCUUUCUGCUUCUUUUUUUCUGUGGAAAAACCAAAAAAGAAGCCCAUGCUUGAUUUGGUGUAUGUGCAUUAGAUACCUAUUUGCAUAUGUUCAUAAAGUCUGCAAGAGAAAUAGCUGUAUAUGCAUGCAGAGGAAAAUAUCAAUAUUUAUACAUAUUCAAUAAAAGAGGACUUAUCCAA